UUUUCAAAAAUAAAAAUGAUGAACACAAAUAUUUUUUAUUUCCUCAAUUGUGCAACAUGUUCUUCUGGUAAAGCAAAUGUUACCCACAGUGACCAUUUUGGUUUGAGAGGAACUAAGACUACGGCAGCUUUUCAUUUUCAACACAUCUUCUACACCAACAAAAGCAGAGCUGCAGGACCAGAAAUGGCUUGUCCUUUCAGGCUGUGCGCGAGCGCAGCAGUGACUGUAAGCAUCCUGUUAUGUUUAGUGGCACCGUCUGUGGCAGACACAUGCAGUGGCUCCCGGGGCUAUCCAGGCGUGCCUGGCAUCCCUGGGACUCAUGGAAGUCCUGGAAAAGACGGCCUAAAGGGAGAGAAGGGAGAUCCUGGGGAGAGUGGCCACUGGUUGAAAGGCCCAAAGGGCAAUAUGGGCCCACCGGGACCCCCGGGGAGACCAGGCGUGCAGGGCGAUCCGGGGAUCCCAGGCCUACCAGGCCCUGAGGGGCCGAAGGGGGAGAGGGGGAGUCCCACUAGCAGCAGCGUGCCCUUCUUCUCCCGCAAGAAUCCACCUAUGUCCAGAUCUCCGGGGAAGGUCCCCGUUCGCUUUGAGUCGACCUACGUCGUCUCAGAUGAACCCUUGACCCCGGAGCAGACUGGAGUGGCACUGGACAAGGGUGUGUUUACAUGCAGAAGGAAAGGGCUUUACUACUUCACCUAUCACGUGACUUCGAUGACGCUCAUCUGCCUGAACAUCAUGAGGAAGGAGAAAGGGCAGGAAGAAUGGGAGGCCAUUUUGGAGUUGUGUGAUUCCUCGCAAGGCUAUCUGGUAACCUCAGGGUCUGUGCUUCUAGAACUGAAUAAGGAUGAUGAGGUCUCUUUACAGCCACCUGAUACUUACAAAAUAGAUGGCAAGCCUUCUGCAGAAAGCACCUUUUCAGGCUUUCUGGUUUUCUAAACCAACUAAAGCGUAGGGUAAGAAACAAACCAGAAAAUGAAUUGUAUUCUCACAAAUGAUCUGCUUAGAUUUCUAUUCAUCAUUUGAUAUGUUAGGAGGUGGUGGAAGCUUUAAGCAUGAUGAAAUUCAAAUGUAUUAAAUGGUUGGUAAAUGAUAUAUUCAAUGAUUUAUUGAUUCAAUUAAAUUGAUGUAUAGCAAACUGAACACAAAAUGGACAUUAGAUUAAAGCAUGACUGGAUGUUAAUGGUACUACCAUUAUUUCUUUUAUAAUCUUGUGUACAAAUAUCUCAAUGUGAGUGAACGUCUUGCAAUAAAUCAUAAGCACUUA